AUGUCUAGCCCUGCCGACUCUGAGCUCAAGAAACGAAAACCACGCAACGUGCCAAAACCGUACCCACGGACGAAACCAAAGAAGACUGAAAAUGCGCCCAAAACGUCAGCUCAGACACGGACGUCUGGCCAUCAAAACCUCACACAGAACAACUGGCUCGGGGUCAUUUCCUGGCAUGAUGAGCACACACGCAAGCAGAUCAACACUGUUCAACACUUUGCCGGCCUUCCAAACCCUCUCCUCUUCGACCAGGCCUCACUCUCACAUCAUCUCACCCUGGAAUGGCAGGAGAAGCACCUCAAAAUCGCGAACAGCAUUCCAAAUGGUCUCUCAUCAAAACGCGAGCUUAUUGUCAUGCGUCCCGACGUCGAUAAAGCACUGUACCUUUGGGUCCGACACAUGGAAGACGAAUGA